AUGUGGCCAGGAAAGAUCAGCACCACGUAUGACCGCCUACGGGGAGUCGACAGUCACUCCGGAUCAGAGACCCAGCAGCCCUUCAGUGACCGGGAGGCGCUAAAACAAGAGGUCGAAAAUGAGCUUAGCAGUGCACCCCGCCCACACCGGCUCCAACAGCUGCGCGAGGUCAUUCUCAUUCUCGCGGCUGCUAUCUGCCUCUGGAUUGUGCUCGUCACAGCCUGGCGCACGACCGUCCACCCGGCCUCGGUCACAGUCCGCUACGAGAAGAAGACGUUGCACUGUGGUAACUCAACAGCCGAGGCCGAGGCCGCCGGCUGCGCGUUCGAUCUCCUUUCGCACAACUGGAUGGCGCCGCAGUGCCUGGAUCCACUCACAGAGGCCGAGUAUCGCGCCUACGUCACUAGUCCGGAGCGCAUGAUGGGGCCCUAUCCGUACUUUCUCGAUGCUGAAGGCACGCGAAGGGUCGGUGAUGAGCGGGCCUUUGCGCUUUUAGCUGACGGUCACCCAGUGCUGGCUGAUCAGCAUGUCUAUACAACCCGUGAGGAGCACCUGGCGCAUUGUAAGUUCCUGAUGCGGAGAAUGCACCGCGCUGUUGAGGGUAAGGUGCGUUUAAAUGAUGAAAACCUUGGCUUUUGGCAUACGGCGCAUUGUCUGGAGGAAAUAAGCCAUCCGGACAGAAAGCCAUUGGGUGAACUGAAUGAGGGCUUCUAUGUGGGAUAUGCGCCUUGUACUAUCGAAGUGCCUGUUUAG